CCAAUAUCACUAUUCUAUUAUUUCCCCUUCAUUUCUUCGAUCUUUCCCACCCUUGUAUUUCUUUCCUUUACUCAACAUUCCGAUCAAACUCCGACUCUAUCACUCUUUUUCUUUUUAUCUUCCCCAUUUUCCUCUGCUCUUCUGGAUAUCAGUUGAUCUGUCAGACACUUGAUCAUUUGUCUUAGAAAGUACUGCGAACCCAAGGGUUAUAUAUUAUUAUAUAUGGAGCCGUUAAAGUCGGAGGACCAGAUGGAGAUGAUGAUGGAGAUGAUGAUGAUGGACAUGGAUAGGUUUCCCGUGUUCUCCGAGGCCUACAAAGGUAGUGUUCCUGAAUUUCCGCCGGCGGAGUCUUCCGGCGCGAGCAGCGGCAACGAGAUUUGUGCCAUGCCACAGUACAUAGAUCAUAUCGACCCAAAAAUGGCCAUCUCAUUUUCCAGCACUUCCCGGCCAGUACUUCAAGAGUCUUCAGCGCUACCUUUCAGCUUCUCCAACGGUACCACCAGAUCAGGUGCAGGCGUUCCAUUUUCCAGGCAGUCACAGAAGAAGAAUUCUAUGGCGGAAAUGAGAGAGAUGAUGUUUCGGAUAGCGGCGAUGCAGCCCAUUCACAUAGACCCGGAAUCGGUGAAGCCACCAAAGCGGAAAAACGUGAAGAUAUCGAAGGAUCCUCAGAGCGUGGCGGCGCGCCAUCGGAGAGAGAGAAUAAGCGAGAGAAUAAGAAUACUGCAGAGACUCGUCCCAGGAGGUACGAAAAUGGACACAGCUUCUAUGCUGGAUGAAGCAAUUCACUAUGUGAAAUUCUUGAAGACCCAGGUGCAAUCCCUGCAGGAACGAGCUGCGGCAAAUCCGGGGCCAUUAUCUGGGAUAGGCUUAUUCCCUGUGACCAUGUGCAGUGGGAGUUACCUUCCAAUUAUGGAAAAAGCUCUUCAGUCGUCUCCUCCUCGAAGUGUUCAGCUUUACGAAGAUAUUGCUAAUUGUUAGCUGAAAGAAGAGAAUUUAGUUCCAGUAUAUAUACAUAUAAAAUGCAUCUGUUGAAUGAUGCUGAUCAUUUGGUUGUAAAUCAGAGACAUGCAUGCAGUACUAUUAUGUUCA